UUUGAUUAUAAAAACACUUUUAAAUGAAGAACACCUGUUGAAUAGUACGAGCUGUGCUUUAACUUGCUUUCUAUGUUAUUAUAGGAAGAUAUGUUGUAAAGCACUUGAACGGAAGGAUUCUUUGCUCCCUCACAGAACGAAUAAGCCCGAAGGAAGAUAUUUAUCUGGAGCGGACAAGAUGGAGGAAACAAGUUACUUGGAUGCUUCACGGCUUCUGUCAGUAGACUAUGAGGUCUUUGGACUCGUCCAAGGUGUUUACUUCAGAAAGUAUGCGUUGCAAGCAGCAAAUAAACUUGGUGUGACUGGUUGUGUGAAAAAUACAAGAACUGGCUCAAUAAAAGGUGUGAUACAAGGAAACAAAGCAAAUGUAAAACUAAUGCAAGACUGGUUGUACAAAGAAGGAAGUCCAGAAUGUGUAAUUCAAGGAUGCCAAUUUCAGAAUGAACGUGAGAUAAUCACCCUGGAGUUUAAUCAGUUCAAAGUUGAACCAAGUGGCUGGUAAUUGGCCAUGGCGGCCUAAUAAUAAUAACGUUAAUUAUAUACUUUGAGUUUUAUUCUAUCUGGAUAUAAUAAUAGAAUGUUACAGUAUUAUUACAAAGUGUUCAACUUCCAAGCAGUAUUAAAUUGAAAUAUAAAAACA